AUGGGAGGAGACGAACAGGACAAGGAAGUGGAAAACACAAACAUGGAUGACCCCCAUGAUGGUGAAAAGAGACAACAUGAGGAGGAUGCCAUUUUCGACGAUAUCAUCCCACAGAGGGAUUAUAGGAGGAUAGGAACAAAUGUAAUAAAUGAGAAAAUGCUAAUCGAAGAAAUAAACAGAAGUGGGGGAACCCCUGGGGGGAGGAACCUCACUGAGGAGUUUAAUCACGCCAAGGUGUUGUCCCUGGAAAAUAGGAAAAUUCUCCUUAUACAGAACAUAGAUCUUUUUAGGAGCCUGGAGGAACUGCGCCUGGACAACAACCUCAUCGAGGAAAUAGAAAACCUGGAAGGACUCUCCAGCCUCAAGAUAUUAAGCAUAUCUAACAAUAAAAUAAAAGAAAUAAAAAACCUGAGCCAGUUGCAACAACUGUCGGAACUUAACCUCCACAAUAAUUUAAUAGAAAAAAUAGAAAAUUUAGAAAAUAAUGUAAAUUUAAAAAUCUUAAUUUUAAGCAAAAAUAGAAUAAAGCAUAUGGAGAAUAUAAUGUACCUGAGGACUUUAAGAAAAUUAAAAUUUCUCAACUUGAUGGAUAAUCCGAUAUGCCUAGAGGAGAAUCUCUUCACCCAAGUGGGUUCUACUUUGUCUUCUCUGAAAUGUUUUAACAACGUGCUGUUAACCCAGGACAGUAGAUGUAAAGGAAGAGGGUUUUCUUCCCAUUCGCCGAAGGGGUACCAAGGUGGAGAUGCCCCUCCUGUGGAAAAAUCCCCCCAAGAGAAGGAUUCCAACCAUUGCGAUAAUUACGAAAAGAAAAUAAGCGAAGCGUACUUGUCUAACAUCACCACGUUGGAUCAGGCCCUCUUUGACAAAAGGAAGGAGCCUUCUGUUUUUCUCAAAAUUUGUUACUACUCCAAGAUUAAGGAGGAUUUUCUGCUCGACGUUCGUCUGAUGAAUUCCACUUUAAUAGAUCAAAUUCUCCAGUUGAACGAAAAACGCAGCCAAUGCUCCCGCACUUUCGAAAGCGACGUGGAGAGCUUCACCUCGCAGUACAUGAAGAAUAACAUCGCCGCGUUCAACCAACUCCGGAAGAGGUCCAAGCGGGUGGUGCGUGCCCUGCUCGCCUUCCUGGGUUGCGAAAAGGAUCCCCCUCCCGUGGAGCUGAGGAAAUGCCCAGACACGUAUAAAAAGAGGACACAGCCAAGUGAUCACAAAAUGCUUAACGAUACAAUUACGAGAAAAGCUCAAAAUGUCUACGCAGAUUUUCGUUUCAAGUUAGACAGUGAUGCAGAGCUCCCUCCAAAGGCUCAGACCGAACAUGGUUACCUCCAAGAGAGCCACACCCCUGAGGAAGAGCCCCAUCUGGUGGAAAUAUCCGAACCUGCUUCUGACAACCCCAAGGAGAAGGAGCCAAAUGAAAGCAACACCCUCCUUAUUGAGGGGAAAAAAUACAAUAUUAUAAAAAAGUAUAUAGAAAAAAACAUGGAGGAGAAUUUCCUCUUCAGGGAUAAGCUAAUAAACGACGAACUAGCCAAUAUGGUUUCCAUUAAUAAUUUUCUGGAAUGUUUCAAAAAGGAAGUUUCUAAAAUGAUAAAGCUUAUAAAUGACAAUAUCUCGGAUUAUUUCCGUAAGUUGGAGGAACUGGAGGAAGCUUUUAACUCUAGAAUUAUUAACUUUUUUGCCGAGGUGAAGAACAAUGAACAUCCCUCCGUCAGGCUCAGUGAAGACGAAAUAAAUGAGUACUACGCAUACAAAGGCAGUCGCUCAAACAUUCUGAACAACCUGGAAGACUUCAUCUCCAGUAGCUACAACAAAGCAGGCACCUUCCUCAUCGAGGAAAAGAAGAAACACUUAUUUGUCAAAUCCAGGGAGCGUAUUUCAGAAAUUGAGAGAAUUGUCGAAGUGUCUAACGAUUUGUUUUAUUCCUACCUUAGUAUUUUGCGGGUCCGUGUCCAGUGA